AACAUUCUCUCCACUCAGGGGCUGAGCAUGGAGAGGAUCACCACUGAUGGUUUUGAUGGUUUGUGACUCGGAACACGUUCAGAGGCUAAAAUCCAUCUGCUGAGGUAGCACGGAUGAAAUUUCACGAAACUCUUCCUUCUGCUGCCAACAUUCGCCAAGAGCACAGACUGUUUAACUCUCAAGUUCUCAUCUUCACUUGUUAAUCAAAAUAUAAUACAAUACAAUAUAGACGAAUGUUAAACAAACAUACCCAAGAUCCCUCCUGUCUUUGGACCACGGGGCAGAGAAGCCAACAGUCCACACCUCAGAUUUGCCUUAGGGCAUCCGCUCACGGCCCACUCUCUCAUCCGUUUCCUCGCACAGUAUUGGCUGCCAUUACUAUCACGAACCUUGAGACAAAUGACUUUGGGAAGGCAAAACGUUUCUUUCCAUGCAUGGUUUGGAAGGUUUCAGGCCACCAGUUCUUGGCCGUGUUAAUACUGGGCUAGUGACCAAGCAGCAUGUCUCCGUGGGGAGCAGCUGGUACAGAGAAAAAAAACAGAGACAAAGGUCCCAGGGCACUUGCAUACACUCAUGCACUCACACUCACACAUCACACACACACACGCACGCACACACCCACAAGAUCAACAGCACAGCUUUAGGAACCAACCAUUUAGGCUUAGGGGGGGAAUUUCAAAUCCAAACCCCAGCGAUGACUGAGCUUCAGUGAGCCAGUCUUCCUCAGACAGACAGCAAUACACAAGACAGCCGAAGGCAUCUCUCCUUAGGGGUUUAGACACGGGAGCUGCAAAGAAACAACUCAGAGAAAUGAGUGGGGCGCAUUGACCAUUAAAAAAUAUUUAAUGCUACUUUAAAAAUGAAAGACAUACCGAGGAGGAAAAGCUGUCGUGUGGCAAGAGCGUGGACAGUCCAGAGUCCUGGCCCCCCUCUAGACCUACUGCAUGGGUACCCUGGCUGUACCCCAGACAUUUUUCUUUCUUUGAGACAGGGUCUCACUAUGUAAAACAGGCUGCACUUGAACUCAAGGAGACCCACAUGUCUCUGCUUCUCAGGUGCUGGGAUUAAAUGUGCCACCAUGCCUGGCUGGUUUUUCUUUUGAUGAGAACAGGGACCCGGGUAUUCUGGGAGGUUAGCCUCCCUUGGGUCCACCGCUGCUCUUGGUCUGUCAAGGCAAGCUCAGAUACAGCUGAGAGGCAUUCAUGUAACCCCUCUGCCCUGUUGUGUCAGCACGCAUGUAUCUCCACACCACCUGGGAGGCAGAGUUCCUGACCUCUGCUUUUAGCAAGGAGAAAGGGGAGGCUUGCCGAAGCCACAGGGCAGGAGGCCCUCAGUCCUGGCUGGGCCUUAGGGGAUGGUGCCUGAGAUUCCUGGAGCUUCCUCUCAGGCUUCCUUGUGCAGUGGUCCCUCCUGUCCUGCUUAACCCCACACCAGCCUGCUGUCACUUUUGGCCUCAGAAACGUGGAGGAACCAUAGGCUCCUUUGUGCUUUGAACAGGCCCCUCUUGCUCUGGCAACCCUCAACACUCUGAGUGCCUGAUUCACCUGGAUUCUCACCUGUGCACUCGGCUGAGGCUCUAGCCUCCUUCGAAGCGCAGAAGCCCUCACAGCUUGCAAACUCUGCAGGUGAUGCCAAUACUCUUCAUAUUUGCUUCAGCCUGACCCUCCACCGAGCCAGUUCUUUGGAAUGAUGCCAAGGCCGUUUUGGUAAUAGGGAGCUCCUGGCAGAGCACUCUAGAAAGGAAAAGAAGGCUGGCAUUACCAUUGAGAGCCACCUUAAAAGAGAAAGGAGGUGGGCAGUGGAGCAAGCUUCCGGUCCCUGAGGCAGACACUUCCAGCAGGCAUGAAGACUUUAGACUGCACAGAUAUGAGUGAAAGAAGAAAAGAGGGCUCCAGCCAGGCUCCUGAAGCCCAUGCAAAUACCCAGAGUUCAAGUUUCUGGGAAGACACCCUCCCCAAACUCCAAGGUCAGCUGAAGAAAUCCGGCAAAAAGAACAAAGCCUUCCUGAUGAUGCAGGACAAGAUGCUGAAGUUGCAGCGGGCCCUUGCGGACCAUCUCUUGCAGCAGGCGCAAUGCCUCUCACCAGAAGAUCAGCAAUGCCCACAGGCCUCCUGGAAGCAGGAAAAGAGGAUAGGCUACCUACUCUCCCAGACAGUCAACCUCAUAUGGUCUGAGGCUAUAAAGAAACUGAAGUUCAAGGAAUUUCUCCCUCACUUGGACUCUGGACGUGGCAACAAAGCUGGACAGCAGACCCUGUCAGUUAGGCCGGACGAACCUAGUCCUUGGCUGGGUGGUUUUGAAACUGCCUUUGUCAGCCACGUUCUGUCCAGUCGUGGGACUGGCAUCUCUGAUUUUUACCACUUCAAUUUCCAGAGCUCUGAGGGCCAUCAGACAGACGAAUACCACAAAGAUGAGAACCCUUCGGGCUACAUCAACCUUGGUACCAGCGAGAACAAGCUUUGCCUCGACCUGAUAACAGAUAGGCUGAGUCAGUGUGACAUGAACCUCAUUGACGAGACCCUGCUGCAGCACUGUGACUGGCAAGGACAGCCCCUCCUUCGGAAAGAGCUGGCUAACUUCUUGACCUGCUACUGCAAGGCGCCUGUACCCCUUGAUCCAGAAAAUGUGGUGGUUCUAAACGGCUCCUCCUCUGUCUUUUCUUCACUGGCCACGGUUCUGUGUAACCCGGGUGAUGCCUUUCUGAUCCCCACACCAUGCCACUGUGGCUUUGCUUUCAGCUCCUACCUCUAUUCGAAAGUCGAGCUUAUUCCUGUCUACUUGGAAAGCCAGGCCAUCGGGAUCAACUGGCACACUUUCCGUCUCACCGUGGAAAAGCUCGAGUUUACCCUGGCUCAGGCUAAGCUAAAGGGAAAAAAGGUUAAAGGCCUUGUGCUGAUCAACCCACAGGAUCCUCUGGGCAGUGUCUAUACUGGACUGGCACUGCAAGAUUACCUGAUCUUUGCCAAGAAGCACAACCUGCAUGUGAUUGUGGACGAGAGUUACAUGCUGUCCGUGUUUGAUGAUUCUGUCACGUUUCACAGUGUUCUGAGCAUAAAAUACUGUCUUGAUCCUAAGAAGAUCCACAUGAUCUGGGGAACUAGUAAGGAUUUUGGCAUGUCUGGCUUCUGCUUUGGUGUUCUUUAUACCCACAACAAGGAGGUGGCCUCUGCCGUGAAGGCUUUUGGCUACCUCCAUGGUGUCCCCGGCAUUGCUCAAUACAAGCUGUACCGACUGCUCCAGGACAGAGAAUGGAUCAACAGGGUGUACCUGCCUAUUAACCUCAGCCGGCUCCAGAAGGCUUUCAGCUAUGUCACUAAGAAGCUGAGGGAAUUGAAUAUCCCCUUUUCCAACUGUGGCUCUGGCCUCUUCCUCUGGAUCAACCUGAAAACUUACCUGAGCCCGUGCACGUUUGAACAAGAGCAGAUCCUUCUCCAGCGCUUCCAGGACAACAAGCUGUUGUUAUGCAGUGGCAGAUCCUACAUGUGUAAGGAGCCUGGCUGGUUUUGCCUCCUCUUUGCAGAAAAACACCUUCAACUAAAAGUAGCUAUGGAUAGGCUCGCCAAGGCGCUCAAUGACCACAGACAAGACAUGAUAUCGGAACAAAUAGAGGAUGCGAUCAAUGAUGUGUGCUUUUGGCCUUCGGGCAGUGGCUCCAGCCAGCCUGCUGUCACAGGCUCAGGGGCCCCUGAACCUAGCCUCUUACCUAGAAGACUGGAGAAGUAAUUGGUGCUUCUGUGCUGUCUGACCUCACUCAUCAAGGCCCCCCUAAGCAAAAUGUCUGCCAUUUUUAGAAGCCUUGUUUCUUUUAGUCUUUGCUAGUUAUUGUGUACACAAAAAUAAUGUUUUUAUUGUGAUGGGAGUGGGAGGGCCCUGGAGGGGUAAAGGGAAUUCCCUGGAUUCCUUUUUAGAUGGCUUUGUUUUAAUAUUUAGCGUUUAAUAAAUGUCAUUCUCUAUUUUCUCCA